GCACGGGUUUUCUGGUCAGUUUCAACACAUAGCAGCCCAUAUAUAAUAUGACUCACUCACUCACAAUUGUCUUUAUUUUAAAUAUUUCGGUUUAACAACUAAAACCAUCUACAGUGGUGAUGCUAGUUUAAAUUUAAAGUAUGUUGCACAAACCUAACUUUUAGUUUUAAACCAAAAUCUUUAAAAAUAAAGACAAUUGUGUCAUACCAUACCGUACAUAAUAGAGCUGUUGUGUAUUGAAAGUAAUCAAUAGACUUUAUUACAAAUUGCGCUUCAAUUUGAUUGUUUCAAUUUUUAAGUUCUAUCUCAUAAACAUGACCUGUAUGCUGUAUAAGGUUACGACGUUCAUUCCAGAUUCUAAAUGUUGUCUAGAAUGUGGUACAUGUGAAUAAACGAAUGUGAACUUAUCUUUUUUUGUAACUCAUGGUGUCACUAUUAGAAAUUGCGUUUAAGUUACACCAGUUUCAGUGAAAUCUUUCAAUCAUGUUUUUUUUAUUCUAGUUUACUGAUGCAAUAAACUAGAAACAGAAUUUUGCAUAACAUGCCAGUAUUAUGUUUUACUUAUUUUGCAGUAACUUUGUAGCACAGUGUAUGUAAUAUAUAAUAUAAUCUAUUUAGAUAAUUUUUUACUAAAUUAUUCCCAAAACAGAUUUUUUUAAAAGUUUUUUUAAACUGUCUUUAUAUUUUGCUAAACUAACAUCCCUGUAUUUUUCAAGCGAUUGUUAAUUUUAAAGUUAGGAAAAAAUGCCGAGAGUAAAACGUAGUCGCAAACCACCACCGGAUGGCUGGGAGUUGAUUGAGCCAACGUUGGACGAACUCGAUCAAAAGAUGCGAGAAGCGGAGUCCGAGUCACAUGACGGGAAGAGGAAGGUUGAGACGCUGUGGCCGAUAUUUAAGAUUCAUCAUCAGAAGACACGAUAUAUUUACGAUCUGUUCUAUAAACGUAAAGCAAUCAGUCGCGAGUUGUAUGAUUUCUGUCUCAAGGAGUCGAUUGCGGAUAAAAACCUCAUCGCAAAGUGGAAAAAGCAAGGAUACGAAAACCUGUGUUGCCUCAGGUGUAUACAAGCAAGGGAUACAAACUUUGGCACCAACUGUAUUUGUAGGGUUCCUAAAUCGAAGUUAGAAGCGGGGAAGGUUGUUGAAUGUGUGCAUUGUGGGUGUAGGGGUUGCUCGGGGUGAAAGAGGGUGCUCGAUGUUGGAAUCCAAAUGCAGAAAUUAAAAGCUGAAUUGUAUGACUCUACGAUGUGAUCUGAUACAGUCCAUACAUUACAGUGCAAAUAUACAUGCAGCUCAAUUGUCUUGUUUCAAAUGUUUUGGAUUAAAAACUUUAACCACCCUCAAUAAUGCCAGCAGUUUUUAUGUUUCACUUGAAUUUUAACUUAUGAUGGUUUAGAGACAAUAAUGUCAUAUAUAGGAGUUGUUAUAUUUGUAAUGCAAAAUAUGCAACAGACCAGAUAUGUUGUGUUUUCUGCAUCCAAUAUAGCUACAAACAAUCCCGUGUUAUGGCAGAAGCACAGAAGGUAUCGGUGUCCAUGUCACAGUUAAGUGUAGAUACUUGUCACAUUUCCUGUGUUCAUCUCAAACAUUGACAUCACAUGUUGGUGUUGCCUCGUGUUAGUAAGUUAAACAAACUUUUGCUUUGUUUUAAUUUGGAACAACUUUUGCCUAAUUUUAAAAAUUUGGUUAGAACUUGCAAUGUGUAAUUUUGUUAAAACUGUUUCUUUGUGUGUUUCUAAAAAUGUUUAAAUUUAAACAUUUUCCUCCUUACCGUAGA